GGCACAUGAAAACAUCCCUUAAGUGGAAGCAAGGAAGUUAGUAGUUGUAAAUAAUGGUUAUACCAAUCACUAAGUCAAGAAGGAUCUCCGCAAUUUCCCACAUAUUUUAAUGAAGCCGCAGCAAGAAAAGGAAUUCCAUUGGGAAUUGUUUUCAAACAGAUUUCAUAACCUACGUGACUACGACUCAGGAGACAUCAAUUAUUAGCAUUAAAGAAGCUAUGCAGACGUCGUGACAUUGUCCGGGCGCUCCCCAGAAUCAUCAACAUAGAAACUCUUCCAUGGGGCGCAUCCGUGUUACUCGUGGGCUAAACAUAGAGCCACAGAGGCUCUCAGACAAAUAUUCGACUAUGACACAAAGACACAACGAGCUACUCCUGGAACCCAAUGGACGUCUGUGCAGCACUCGGGAUAAAAAGUCAUUAAAGAGCUACGAAAAUGCCGGAAUCUCACCUCAUGAAGGACGUUUAUAUCCCAACCAACAUUAUAGCAGCAGCACAGUGGACCAGAUUGUGGACAUUCUCAUUAAUGUCAGGAAUUUUUUCAACAACCAAUAAUUAUCAUCGUUUAUUGACCCCAUCGUCGAUUUCUUACAAAGGUUGGCAGUUACUAUCAAAGGUCCUAAUCUCAAUCUGGGUUCUAUCUUUUUUCUGGAUUAAUUGCAAGCAAUCCUUUCGAUUCCGUUGGACAUUCAGUAUCGCACAGCCCUCUUCACUAAUAACAAGAAAGCUUCACGGUCUUUCAGCAUCCUGCAAUGGAACUGCUGCGGGCUGCGAGACAAAUUACUCCAAUUCAUAACCGAGAAAACAUAAGAAACAACGACGUGGAGCUUAUGGACAUCGAGGUCACCUCGGACAACGAACAAAUCCUCAUUCUGAACAUAUAUUGUCAUCCUAAUCGCAGAACAAGUACUCAGUUCUACUCGGAUUUGAUGCGAUUCGGGGAAUCCAAAGGGAGCAUUUUUGUCGGAGAUUUCAAUGCUCAUCACGCUGCAUGGGGAUGCUCCUCAACGGACAGAGCAGGGAGGUCACUACUCAACGCUGUGGAAGGCAUCAAUGGUUGUAUUGUACAUGACGAGCGGUCUACCUUGUUACUUCCGCCCAACUCGGGCAUAUCUGUCAUAGAUCUGAUCAUAACUACACUCAACAUCGCCCCCCUCUGUGAGGACGCUCUUACAGCCUCCACAGAUUCUUUUUCCAAUUCACUUCCGAGAACAAGAGGAAGGCGUACAACAAGCUAACGGGUUAUCUUGUAGAUCUCGCUUCAUCAUGUUCCAACUCUAAGCGUCGAGAUCCGGGCACCGUCAAUCCAGUGGGCGAAUUCUCCCUCCCUGUUGGACGGAGGUAUGUCAACAGGCUAUCAUCAAUCGCAGAGAAGCAACACGCCGCUGGCAAAGGGAGUCCACCCUCGAAAGCUUCCUCAAUUUCAAAAAGGCAAGAGCAAAGUGCUCCAAAGUACUUUACAGAGAGAAGAAAAAAGGUUGGAGACGGUAUGUGGAGUCUUUAAAUUGCAAAACCCCCAUCGCUGAAAUUUGGUCAUUAAUUAAAACAUUUAAACGCCACAAUCUGGCUCAGGAAACGAACCAUAAUUAUGAUCCGGUAGCAGAAAAACAGGCCAUGAUAAUAGCAUUGCAAAAACUAUGUCCUCCCUCUUGCUUUCAGGACAUCUCCAGAAGCUUAGAAGACGAAAUGAAAGAGGAAGAUAUUAACCGCGCCAUUUCGGUCGAGGAGAUUGACUUUCCUAUAACCAUUAGUGAACUUGACUUAGCCAUCGCUCACUCGAACAAGAAAUCAGCACCA